AUGAAGUCCUUAUUUAUGAUAGGAUCUUUAUUUAAAUUAAAAUAUGUUGAUUAUGAUUCAAAAGAACAAAUUUGGAUAAUAAAAUUAGAAUUAUGUAGUGAACAAGAUUAUCCAUUGAAAGAUGUUUAUAAAUCAAUGAAAGAACAAGCAGACAAAAAUAUAAAUCUACUUGAACCAGGUAACGCUUUAUUUCGAAUGGGUGAAUUAGAUAAAGCUGAAAAAUACUAUCAAAAAUUAGUAAGUACAUCAAAAGAUAACAAUAAUCCGUUAAGCAUACCGUCCCGUCAGAAACCUAUCUCUGAAAGUAUCAUGGCAUGUGAAUCAAGAUUCCAGAUGUUGCCACAAAAAACUAGAUAG